CUUGAGAUGUAUAACAAAAGUCACGACGAAGAUGGAUGACGCGGCUCUCUGCUGAUAUUUUCUACUGGUGACGAGAAGAAAGUUCCUGGCGGGGGUUCAAGGUAGCUGAUAAAGCAUACGACGGCAAUGACUGCAAAAGUUGAGAGUGCAUCAGCUCAGAUGGCCACCAAGAUAGCCCAGGAGGCGCAGGCCGGGCUGGCUCGCUCCAGCCUCUUUGACAUGGCCCCUCGGCCCCACAACACGGGCUCCAAGAGCUGCGUCUCCCUGGCUGUGGCCCCCGUGCACGAUGAUGAGGAGGAGGAGUUUGCCCCGAGGCAGAAGGUGGAGUACGAGAACAGCUACCGGAUGGAGCCGCCCAAGAGGUUUGUUCCCGAGAGGGUGAAGCAGAUACUAUGCGACACGCUGGAGAAAGAACUGGCCAACAUGACCUACGAGCCCGUCUCCUGCAGCACGCAGUGCAAGAGCAUCGCCCAGGAAGUCAAGCUGAGAGUCAGGGCACUGGACUACCAACGAUUCAAGCUGGUCUGCAUCGUCAACAUCGGCGAGAAGCGGGACCAGGACGUGAGGCUGGGCAGUCGCUGCCUGUGGGAUGCCAACAGGGACAAUUUUGCCUGUGCUUCCUACGAGAACCAACACAUCUAUGCCACAGCCACCGUGUACGCAGUCUACUACGAGUAGAGCUGAAACCCGCCACCGCAGUCAGAUGGCUGAAUCUAAACGUGGAUGCCUUUUCUACUCCUCUUUUCGACUGGACAAAUGUCAAGUCCUGUGAAUUUGGAGGCUCUUUUUAAAUUCUGGUUGGAACAUUGAAGGGCUAAAUAUGGUUUCUUGGUCAAGAGAUGAAGCGUCAGCUGGAAAUGCACAUUUCCAAAGUAGUUCUUCAGCCUUAAAACUGGAUUCGUUGGCACUGUGCAUUCAUGCAGGGAAAAGACUAUUGUUUUUACAGUGUACACAUUUCAGUAUACCACACUCUGUGAUUGAUACAAAGAUUUGUGCAACUCAGGAACCAACUAAACUACCAAAAAGGGUGCUGUAAAAGGUAAUUAAAAGCUCUUUUUAGGAACCCAGUCGUUUAUUGAUGGACAAAACAAUAUUCAUUACAAAAUCGGGCAAUACGUUUUUCAUGCUUAAAUUGUUGAGAUUGUUAAGGUUUUUUUUCUUGCAAUACUACUGUUGUCACACUUCCAUGACAGCAACGAACCUUGUGAAGUUUUUAAGACGAAAAAGUUGUACGGUAUAAUGUGCAUUCAGUAGGCUGAUGAUGCAUUGACUAUAAUAUGCGGUGCAUCCAAUGCUACAGUGCAGAGGUGAGGUUGGAUAUGAGCUCUGUUUGGAAGCACCCCCCUUGGUGGUGAAAAUGAGAGAGGCUGAGCUGACAUGCAGAUGCUAUGGCUGCAAUGCACCCAUCACCCAAGCAGAGUCCCUGUGGGUUUGUGCACAUUCAGAUCGUUUGGUCUCCUGACUGCACGUGCAUGAAAAACUGCACUGUGUUGUUGGCCACGAGGGAAGGACGGCCGUUGUUGCCAGGUAGCAGAGUGCCCUCUCUUGUUCAUGAACAAAGUCCAUAUAAAGAGUUGACACUGCAAACUAACCAAAAAGAAAAAUAAAGAUAAUUUUUUUCGUAAAGGUAAUUUUUGUCAUAAGAGAAAACAUAUUCAGAUGACUAAGUAUCCCAAUGUUUGUAAUAAUUGCCAGAGUCCCACGCAGUCUGUGGGGUCAUUAAAGAUCAUCUGAGCAAUUGUGGAUUCUGCAUAAGGACAACUCAUGUACACGGCAGUUUGUGGCUGUCACACAAAGGCCGUUAUGCAAGAGACCACAUUUCGUUUGAAUGUGUACAAACCCAAGGCAUUUUUCAACUUGUCUGACAAGCGGCAGUGUACAAAUUGUCUGCCUUAGUCUCUCCCCAUUGAAGGGGUACUUGCGCUCAGUCUCUCACCUUUGGACAAGAAUUAAUGCAAUAUAAUAGGCAAAUAAUUUUAGUUUCCGAUGUUAAACCUUUGCCAUGCCUUAUUUCCAGAAGUGAGCUUCACCUUUUUGAAAGACACCCCCCUCUGGUACGGAAUAUGCCAAGUACAUUUUAGUGCAAUGCAAACUGGGUUCCAAAUUGGCAGAGCUUGUCACCUCAGAGUGGGAAACUGACAAAUAAUGCUGAUUGCUAUUUUCACAAACGUUCGAGUUAAGUGUACUCCUGUUGUCUUGCCUUUAUAUAUAAGUACUGUAUUAGAAAAAAAGUAUUCAUAUACAAGAGCAGUUUUGCACAUUCUUUAGUUUGUAAAUUUCUUGUUGACUGUUGUAUUGUAUCUUAUUGUUGCUGUAUAUGCAUAGUUCAGAUGGUUUGGUUGUUGUACCAGCACUUUGCAACAGAUUCCUUGCCAUUUUCAACAAUUCACUGGUUUACUUUUAGCUUGGCCAAUAUGUUUUGGAUGAAUUUAAGGUAGAUGUUCAGUGUCUAAACACUCCUUUUGCACAGUGUUUCAAUCUUAACCAUUUGCUGCAAUUUUAAAGUGAAUUAAGUGUCAAAAGUACAGAUUUCACCUGCUGGCUGCAAUAGAUUGGGUCAAAAUUUGACCCCAAAUCAUCCGUACAAUGGAGCUUGAAAGACUCCCUCAGUACUCAAGGGCAAAUUACAUUUCCAUGUUUGAAUGAGUUAAUAUUGUAGAGCUUGUACAGAUCCUGACAAGGAUGUUUGUUUUAAAGAGUUUAAUUUGCAAUAUAUCAAUUCAGUUUCAUUAUUCUCUGCAGUAUUACUCAGAUUGGUUUACUCGUACGGUAUACAUUGUGAUUUAUUUUACCAGCAUGAGCACUUCUCUGUGCAUUCAAAAUCUUGCCAGCUUUAAUGCAAUAUAUCCAAGAUGGUUUUGAGUUUACUCAGCAUAAUUUUGUUUUACAAUUUCCAUUGUCUGACAGUGGUAAUAGUUUGUUCAGCCAUUUAGAAUAUGUUUAAAUGUGCAGUCAUGGCCGUAGUUUUAGAAUAAGAAAUCAUCUAAUGGUAGGUUGGCUCCAGCAGCUACGUGUACAUCUCUGAGAGAGAGAAAAAAAUUAGAUCCAAAUUUACAGUUCGCAAAUCCCCUGAAGUUGGACACUUUCAACUUUGACAGAUUUUGCAGGAAAUUCGUGUUUCACUGUGAAAACUGGCUUUCGAAAUUUUAAGGUACUUGUUUUCCAGUGAAGUGAGGGCAAGUCAUGCUUUAAAAUUGCAAGGCCAGGUUGAGCCUCUGAAUAGCUGCCCAACUUGGUGGUGUCAACUAGUCAAUACAGUUAACAUGUAAAGGGAUUUUUGUCUACACACAUUCAGAAUGAGGCUUAUGAUCAUCUGAAGUUAGUAAGAAUAACCCACAGGGAAAUGGUGCAGUGUUAACAUGUCAAGAGGCUGCACUUACGUGUAAUAUACACAAGUUUCUAGUAAUGACUUUCGUCAAAUCCUGUUAAGGUUUGUACAAGAUGCACUUUGAAGUGAUUCGGUUAAUUCUCGUUUUAGCAAUUCAGUUUUAUAUCAUUUUUGUGUUUAUUCUGUUAGUACGAGUUCUAAUAGGAAAUAAAAGAAACCCAUCCAGGGAAAAAAAACACCCUGUUGCUUGAAGAAA